UUAAGUAUAGAUUAGUGGGGAAGAUUCAGUUCAAAAGUCAACCAAGCACAGUUUAUGUUUGAGAAGGCUCAGCUACAAUAGUAACAUGUUCGUUCAUAGACGCGUCAAGAGAUGUGUUCAACGACUGCGAGAAAUCAAGUGUAAUUAGCGAAGCUUAUGACGAAAGUUGGCAAAAAAUGAUAUUGGAAUUCAUCGAAAGCUCCAUAUUUUGCGCGAAACUGGAUCAACUAUUUAUAAAUAUUCAUAACAGCUGAUGGAAAUUGCUGACAGUUAAAAUUUGAUAAAAUCCCGAUCUUUUUGUUAUAAUAUUUCAUGGAGUAUAAUCUGUCGGAGCGUCUUUCAGCAAGCAGUUGCAAGAAGGAAUUUUCAGACUACGGCGAUCUAAUUAGACGAAGUCGCUGAAGUCUUGCGCGAUUCAGGUCUUUAUGUAUCACUGGUCGUUACUCUGUAAUAGCACCGCCGCAACGUUAGAAUUAAGAAAAUCGCUUACGUAAUAUUCUGAGCGACGCACGCGAGGCCAUCAUGGAUCAAGAACGUGUAGUCAGCAUAGGGACGGCACCGCGAUGGGGAUCCUUUGCGAGCCGCUGUGCUCCCAGAAGGGAAUACAUUCACUAGUGUGCGAGACGCUCCAUCUGGGCAAGGAAGCGGUCUUCUCUGCGCACUGGGAGGCCACCCGGCUCGUCUUUAAGGCUUCGAGGACCAAGACACCCUCGGAGCAGUCCGAGUCGCUCUACUGGCUGGACACGACCGGUUCACGGCGCUUUCCAUCUGAGGAGGACUUCAUUGGCAUGAUCAGGGACUUAGUCGCCCCUAAGCUGAACGUGACCCUAUCGCAACGUCAAUUGGAACGGCUCGCCCGGUUGCGCACCCAUCGGACCGAGACUGAGGCGACGAGACGCCGACUGGAAAUGGAGAACCUGUGGCCGCUGUUGCAGGAAAACGAGUACCUGAUGACAAUCUUGUACGAGGACAGGGACGUGUUUCCUCAAUUGAUCGGCACGUGCGGCACUUUCUAUGCGGUCGAAUACGUCAGACCAAUCGAGACACCUACAACGGUGCUAGCGCUGUCCGAUUCCAAGCCCGAAUGGGCGAAGCGAUUGAAGCUCGCCGUGAUGAUCUUCGACCUGCUCGACGACCUGGAAACUGGGUUCCCCGAGCCGUUGCAUCUGUGCGACGUAAAGAUCAAUCACUUUGGUCUGCCGUUAGGCGGACAGCGACUGAAAUUCCUCGAUUUGGACGCGGUCUUUCCGUACAGCGUCAUCAACCGCGUUGUCGGGGACGGUAGGAGUUGCGAGAAGCACGAGGACUGCGAUUACCUCGACUGCCGAUCGAUCUGCUCGAAGAACAAGCGCUGCGAGUCGCCGGUUGUAAACAACAAUUUGCAGAUUAUCUGCGAGAAGAUCUUUCUCGGCUGGACGCUGUCGGGAACAAUAAUUAUUCCUGGCCUGCUCAUGUCGCAGCAUACUACCAGCACGUUGGCAGUAUUAUUACAACAAUGUGCUAAACCAAAUAUCAACCAAAUGCAUUUACCACGUGCGAUGGCUCCCAACAAGCUAAAGAAACGACUUUACAAUAUGCUGAGCGAGAUGGAGCAAGAAUACUCGGCAUUUGUGUGAAAAAAGUGACUUUAAAGCAGAAUAAAAGGAGAAUAAUACAUAGAGUGUUACGAAAAAAAAUGGAAAUGAAGAUUCACAUUCUCAGUGACUUCGAUAAAAGUACUGUGAAAAUCUGCGUAAAAUUAUUUUUUGAUAAAUUAUCGAGACACAUAUAUAUAACUACGUUUAUGAGAAAGCAAUGCUGAAAAUUAAUAUAUAUAUGUACAUAUACUUGCAUAAUUUUACACUAUGCAAUAGAUAAUCUGCGAGUGGAUUUGAUAAAAUCGCAUACUUUUAUUCUACACUAUAAUAUAACAAAAAUAACAAAGAAAAGUAUAAGAAAAAGGCUCAUGAUAAAGAUAAAGAUGAAUCUAUUUAUAGUUAAAGAGAGAUUAUAGAAAGUUAUGUUUGUGUAAAAACGUAAUAUUAAAAUGCUGGAUGGACGAAAUUGGCAAUUGUUUAAGAAAUCAAACUUAAAAUAAUUUAUGGAAGCUUCUUAAUGAGAAAAAUAGGAAUAUAUAUAUAUAAAUAAAUAAGAAAAGUUGGUGCUCUCUAGACAUUUUAAAAAACUUAGGAAUAAAAUUAGAAAAUUAGGACAUUCCAUAAUCUGUGAGUUUGAUUUCAAUUUUUUAAGUAAAAGCCCAGAAAAGGAACAAUCCAGCACAUAUAAAUACACAUACCCACACACACACAAUCAUUUAUUAUAGAAUUUAUGAAUGCGUUUAGUUAAGGAAUAAAAGUCCAACCAGUUCCUAUCUUUACGUAGUGACCGGAAAAAUAGGGUAUCUUGUAAUAUAAAAUAAUUUAUUAUAUAUACAAUAAUUUAUAUUAUAUACACUAUAGGAGACUAGUGACACGUUAUACUUAUAUCUGUUAUAUUUUAUAUUAUAUUUUUCCUUACCUUAGGUACCAAGGUCUGUUCAUAAAGUGCCAUUGUAAACUUAAAAUAAAA